CCAUCUGACCAAAGGAUAUGCUCAAAAUCAAAAUGCAAGAGAGUGCUACCCCAUGACAACCCAAAGAUGACUUGUCAAAAGUGUCAGGAUGCAGACAGACUUAGUACUGCUGCCUGGAGGAAGAGGAAUCAAGCAGCAGACACAGAGUCUAAUGAUGAAUCUACCCUAGUCAGUAUUCAAGAUGGGUUCAAGGAAAAGGGUACUUACAUGCUAUCACAGUAUGAGAAUGCUCAGUGUCUAUUUGCAGCCCUACAAACCUCAUUUACAAGCUCGAGUGAUGUCCAAUUUCACGGAAGUUAUCUUGUACCCAAGGAUCCAAUAACAACUGAAAAGGAGAGGGUCCAAAUGGCAGCACUUGAGGUUUGGAGGACAAUCAGAUAUUGUUUC